GAAAAUAUGAAGUUCCUCCUCAACUGGUUUGAGAAAUUCCCCAACUACAGAAACUCAGAUUUUUACUUGGCUGGAGAUGGUGGUGAAGGUGAUGAGAUUCUAUCAUAUCAUAUAUUUGCGCAAUAUCCUCUUUAAUAUCUAGACAAUGACUAAAGUAAACAGCUUUUAAAUUUUGUCACAAUUUUUCAAUAUAUAGGGCACUUAGUACCGCAACUUGCUGCUUUAGUGCUUCAAUACAAUGAAAACAGUGGCAUGCCCAUCAAGUUAAAGGGCCUUGCUCUUGGGAAUCUGGGUAUUGGUACUCCAGGUAUUGAUCAGGGUGACUAUUUAUGGUACCAUGGAGUCAUUUCUCCAGAAGCAUACACUAUGGCAAAAAACGUAUGUAAUGUAGCAGAGGCUUUGUAUGAGGAGCACCAUGGAAAAUUGUCAAAAAAAUGUGAGAAAACUAUGAAAAUGUUGGGCAAAGAGAUGGGGCCCGAGUUCAAUAUGGAUUCUUUGCUUUUCACGAAAAGUGACUCCUCACAAUCGGUGACUAGUGAAACAAAAAAUGGUGAUCCUUGCCUUCCUAAUUACACGCCGGUCUAUUUGAAUAAACCAGAAGUUCAAAAAGCCUUGCACGCCAACAAGACUUGUUUACCAUAUCGUUGGGAUUCUUGUGAUGGGCCUUUAAACAUUUUGCCUGCAUAUGAGACUAAAAACUUCAAUACACUCGCAUCACUUUUAAGGCGGCACAUUCGAAUUCUACUUUACAGCGGAGAUCAAGAUGUAGCUAAUCCCGUCGUUGAAACUAGGAAAUUCACAUACAUGCUUGCUAAAGA